GUGACUCGCUGAGGGAGGCGGCCGCGAGAGCAGAGAGAAGGCGGGCUGGAAAAUGUAAAGAAGGCAGCCGACUGCGCCGGCUGGACCCCAGGCGACGGGCGAGGGGGCGUCUGGACCGUAAUCAACCAUGAGAGGCUCGAUCCGCCCCCAAACUGUUGCUGGGGAGAGCGGAGCUCUGAGAUGUCCGGGAACCGAGAGGUGGCAGAGAGGUUAGGGAGGGCGUGACAGCAGUGGACAGCGGGUAGCGAGCAGAGCUCCAGAGCCGCGGGGACUUCUCCUUCCUUGGAGCGCGGGUGUCCGUGUGGAGGAACGAGGUGGCCUUGGUGUCUGUCCGAAGUAUCUGGAACCAGGAGCCAGGCUCCUCCCGGACCGGCAGAGCUGUGGAAAUUGAGGACCAGAGAGGACCAGAGACGAUCAGCCACUUGCCUCAGGUCACAUAGGUCUCUGUUUUGAAAUCACUGAUUGUCUGCAGUUCCGAAAUCACUGACUGUCGGCAGUUCCUUUGGCCCCUAUGAUGUCUGUGACAUCUGAUGAGAAAACUUGGACCAAGUGGGAAGCAAAUAAAAUCCCUGUUGAGAACAAUAAAAAUACCCUUCGUGUAUAUAAUAUCUCUAAUGAAGCAAAAACACCUUACACCUGUGAUCUGAUUGGAUUUUUAGACCAGUCCUGUGAGCUGGCAGAGACCUUCCUGCCCAUCUGACAGAUGGCUCCUGAGUCCUUUCCCAGAUUCUUUCCACUAGCUACAAGCCCAGGGCCGUCCCAGUGGGGCAUGGCGAUGAGUGAGCAGGCCCAACGGACAAGGAUGGAGAGCCGCACCCAUGAGGGCAAGAAGUGAUGCCCACCCAUCCUCACCCCAAGUAGCAUGACUGCCCUGGGAGGAGGGGUCCUCAGGCCCUGGCAGGCUGCUGACCCUCAGCCUGCAAACCGCUAAAAGCAGGACUCCAGACUUUUCCUGUGGAUGGUCCCCUCCCCUGCAGCUCCACCAUGAGGCUCCUUGUGGCCCCCCUUUUGCUAGCUUGGGUGGCUGGUGCUACUGCUGCUGUGCCCGUGGUACCCUGGCGUGUGCCCUGCCCCGCUCAGUGUGCCUGCCAGAUCCGGCCCUGGUAUACACCCCGCUCAUCCUACCGCGAGGCCACCACCGUGGACUGCAAUGACCGAUUCCUAACGGCCGUGCCCCCAGCGCUGCCUGCCGGCACGCAGACCCUGCUACUGCAGAGCAACGGCAUCGUCCGCGUGGACCAGGGUGAGCUCGCCUACCUAGCCAACCUCACAGAGCUAGACCUGUCCCAGAACAGCUUUGCGGAUGCCCGAGACUGUGAUUUCCGUGCCCUGCCCCAGCUGCUGAGCCUGCAUCUGGAGGAGAACCAGCUGACCCGGCUGGAGGAUCACAGCUUUGCAGGGCUGGCCAGCCUGCAGGAGCUCUAUCUCAACCACAACCAGCUGCACCGCAUUGCCCCCCAGGCCUUCGCUGGCCUCAGCAACCUGCUUCGGCUGCAUCUCAACUCCAACCUGCUGAGAGCCGUGGACAGCCGGUGGUUCGAGAUGCUGCCCAACCUGGAGAUCCUCAUGAUCGGCGGCAACAGGGUGGAUGCCAUCCUGGACAUGAACUUCCGGCCCCUGGCCAACCUGCGCAGCCUGGUGCUAGCAGGCAUGAACCUUCGGGAGAUCUCUGACUACGCCCUGGAGGGGCUGCAAAGCCUGGAGAGCCUCUCCUUCUACGACAACCAGCUGGCCCAGGUGCCCAGGCGGGCGCUGGAGCAGGUGCCCGGCCUCAAGUUCCUGGACCUUAACAAGAACCCGCUCCAGCGGGUGGGGCCGGGAGACUUCGCCAACAUGCUGCACCUCAAGGAGCUGGGGCUGAACAACAUGGAGGAGCUGGUUUCCAUCGACAAGUUUGCCCUGGUCAACCUCCCUGAGCUGACCAAGCUGGAUGUCACCAACAACCCCCGGCUGUCCUUCAUCCACCCCCGCGCCUUCCACCACCUGCCCCAGAUGGAAACCCUCAUGCUCAACAACAAUGCGCUCAGUGCCUUGCACCGGCAGACGGUGGAGUCCCUGCCCAACCUGCAGGAGGUGGGUCUUCAUGGCAACCCCAUCCGCUGUGACUGUGUCAUCCGCUGGGCUAAUGCCACAGGCACCCGUGUCCGCUUCAUCGAGCCGCAGUCCACCCUGUGUGCUGAGCCGCCAGACCUCCAGCGCCGCCCAGUCCGAGAGGUGCCCUUCCGAGAGAUGACAGACCACUGCCUGCCCCUCAUCUCCCCACGCAGCCUCCCCACCAGCCUCCACGUGGCCAGUGGAGAGAGUCUGGUGCUGCACUGCCGGGCGCUGGCUGAACCGGAACCUGAGAUCUACUGGGUCACUCCAGCUGGGGUUCGACUGACAGCUGCCCGUGCAGGCAGGAGAUACCGGGUGUACCCUGAGGGAACCCUGGAGCUGCGGAGGGUGACAGUGGAAGAAGCAGGGCUGUACACCUGUGUGGCCCAGAACCUGGUGGGGGCUGAUACUAAGACAGUUAGUGUGGCGAUUGGCCGGGCUCCCCUGCAGCCAGGCAGGGACGAGAGAUGGGGGCUAGAGCUCCGAGUGCAGGAGACGCACCCCUAUCACAUCCUGCUAUCUUGGGUACCCCCACCCAACACUGUCUCCACCAACCUCACCUGGUCCAGCACCUCCUCCCUCCAGGGCGGGGGGGCCACUGCUCUGGCCCGCCUGCCUCGGGGCACCGAUAGCUACAACAUCACCCGCCUCCUUCAGGCCACAGAGUACUGGGCCUGCCUGCAAGUGGCCUUUGCUGAUGCCCACACUCAGUUGGCUUGUGUGUGGGCCAGGACUAAAGAGGCCACUCCUUGCCACAGAGCCUUAGGGGACCGACCUGGGCUCAUAGCCAUCCUGGCUCUGGCCAUCUUCCUGCUGGCAGCCGGGCUAGCAGCCCACCUCGGCACUGGCCAGCCCAGGCAGGGGGUGGGUGGGCGGCCUCUCUUUCCAGCCUGGGCUUUCUGGGGCUGGGGUGCCCCCUCAGUCCGGGUGGUUUCUGCACCCCUUGUCCUGCCCUGGAAUCUGGGAAGGAAGUUAUCCAGGUCCUCAGAAGGGGAGACACUGUCAUCCCCAUUGUCACAAAAUUCCUGGAGCUCAGCCUGUCCUCAGCAGUAGAAAAAUGACUAGGACUACGUUUUACCAAAAGGGAAGCAAUUUGGGCCAGAUGCCCUGCCAAAAAAGUGACAUGGACCCACAUGCUUGAGGCCUGGCAGCUGGACCAAGACAGACCAGGCUUUGUGGCCCCAGGGGCUGCUCCUGCAGCCUCCAGAACGUGGCCCUUACCUUUUGGGGGCUCCUCUGCUGCCUUUUUGAGGAGCAUCUGCAAGGGACAGAAGGACUCUGGCUAGAGCCUUCCACCUCCCCACUUGUCUACAUGGCCAGAGGCCCCCGGAUGUCCCCUGCCUGUGUCCCCAGGCCCAUGGCCCACAGGAUGCACCCCUCCUCUUCUCUUUCAUCUGUACAGUCUCAGUUGCUUGCUCUUUCCCCUCCUGGGCAAGGGCUGACGGAGGCCUCUCCUCCCAUCUUGGGGGACUGCUCCCAGAGUGGACCCCAGGCAGGCUCCGAAGGACAUUUGGAAAGGGGAUGCCCAGGACCGCCUCCUCUCGGCGCCCCGGUUGGCACUCUGAGGUUGACUUUCUAUAGGCAAUUUUGUACCUUUGUGGAUAAAUGUGUCACCUCCCCCCAACCCAAUUCACUCUUUUCUCCUGUUUUGUAAAAAAAAUAAAACUAAAUAAGAACAAGAGUAAUAAGGGGGAAGGGAACAAAAGGGAACUAGUCCCUUGAAUACUGGGUGUAAGUCAGAGCUCUCUGCUCCGGCGACCCUUCGAAGCCCAGAAGGCGACAGAGGGAGGACCUGGGAGCGGAGAGGAGGGAGGAGAGAGCAAAAAACGGCAAAAGAGGGCGAGGGGGCUCAGAUAGUUCCCUUUAGGUUUGGAUUCCGGUCUCCCCCAGAAAGUCCCCAUAACUGUGAGCAGCAGAGCCAGGGGAAGGCGGACAAAAAGCAGGAGAGGCUGACGAGAGGGAGGAAGCACAGGAGGCAAGGAAGGAGCGGGGUGGGGAGAAAAAUGGAGAAAAAGCAAGAGGUGGAGGGAGUGGAAAUUUCCAUCACCAAACAUUGUCACCCCUUCUCGUUCUCUGAUAAGCAAUUAACAUGCCAGUGCAUAAGAAGCACUUCUCAGACCUAUUUCUAAUUAAACAAACCUAAGAGGCAGAAUCAUGCAGAGAAUUGCAAAUCAUCAAGACAGCAAGAACUUGGGCUCACUGGGGCAGGAGGGGGUGUGGGGCGAUAGAGGAUUUGGGGAGGGGAGGGCUGUGGGACAAGGAAAUCACUGCAUUUAUCUUUCCGGUCCAUUUCAAUAUAAUUUGCUAUGAGCCUGAUUUGCUUCUGCAGUAUUAAAAAAAAAAAAACAAAUUGA